UACUUCAAAACGGAUCUAGUCGUAUUGAGGAAUCUCAGUCAUGUUUACAGUUAUCCAUCUUACUGUUGUCCUCUCUAUAACCAUUUCUUUGUCAGUGGCUCUACAAAACAGACCUUACUACAAUGUUAUAGGGGAUGCCGUCAAUUUAGUGCAGUCUGCUGAUAACAAAAAGUACGAGGAAAGGAAUAUAAAUGUACUUGGUGACAUAAAGGAUUUACCGACAUACCUGCUUUUUGGAGAUGGGAACGAGGCAGUGCAGUACAAUGUGAGCGAACAGUGCAGUCUUAGUAUAGAGGUUUUGCAGCUUGGUCUCCUACUGCGCCAAACAUGGGCGCUCCAAAUAAUCGAUGCCAUUGGAAAACCAGAGGCUGGUUUUCUAGAUGGAAGUUUAAAGUGGCUUGGUUCUUAUGACGAGUGUAAAAGAACCGAAUAUCACAACAAGACAAUUGGACUGGAUAUAAAGGGCAAAUACUCCGUGGUUAAUAUACCUAUCGGGACAACUUAUAACCCUUUAGCUGGACCAAAUAUUAUAACUUUGUCAAUUGGAGUUUGUCUACCAGACAGUUGCAGUACAAGCGACGUAACAUCAAUUAUACACAACAAUAUUGGAAAGAUUCCAAUAGGAAACUUUUCUGCUAUUCCUUUUUCUGUUAUGCCCGAGGAAGAUAAACCAUUAACUUCAAAUGCCAUAACAGCAAUUGUUAUACUCAGCUUACUUGCUGCCAUUAUUGUUGUGGCGACUGCUUUUGAUGUCAUUGUUGUCCAGUGGUUACGCAAAAGAGGGCCAUUGGAGGAACCCGUCGUUAACCCCGCCAUAAAACAGACGGACACCGAAAAAGUUCCCCUGUUGAACCACAACUCUAACGAAGUUAAGGUGGAAGAAAGUACAUUGGAAAAGCUUCUUUUGUCCUUUUCCUUUUACUCGAACAGCAAAAAGCUGUUGAGUACUCGACGUUCGUCGGACACUCUCACGGCAUUAAACGGAAUUCGGUUUCUAAGUAUUUCGUGGGUUGUUUUGGGACACACAUAUGCUUUCGUUCUUAGUAAUUCAAGCAAUGGUGGACCUUUCGUGCAAAAUAUGUUACGAAGAUGGACCUUCCAGGUUAUAGCAAACGCCCUGGUAGCAGUUGAUACUUUUUUUGCUCUCAGUGGACUGUUACUCGCUUAUCUCACUCUGAAAGAAAUGGAUAAAAAGAGAGGGAAACUGAACUGGGCUAUGUUCUAUUUUCAUCGCUUUUGGAGGUUAACCCCAGCAUACAUGCUGAUUCUGAUGACAGAAGCCACACUGUCCCCCUACCUGUCUGACGGUCCUCUCUAUCCAGCUAAAGGAUUUGAGGUCGAUUACUGUGAAGAUAGCUGGUGGAAAAAUUUAUUAUAUGUCAACAAUCUUUUUGAUUUAGAUAAAUCCUGUAUGGGAUGGUCGUGGUACUUAGCCAAUGAUAUGCAGUUCUUUAUUUUAAGUCCACUAUUUCUAAUACCUUUAUAUUAUCAAGAGCUCCUCGGCAUUAUACUCUGUUUAGUGUUCUUGGUAGGAACAACCAUCGCUCCAGGAGUAAUUUCUGCUCAUUAUGAAUUGCCACCUUCCUUUUUUGUGCCAAAUGUCAAUCAAGAUGCAACUUUGCAUUAUUUCAAAGACUAUUAUAUCAAACCAUGGUGCAGAAUGGGUCCUUACAUAAUUGGAAUUUUAUUUGGAUAUCUAUUGUUUAAAACCAAAGGCAAAGUCAGGAUUAACAAAAUACUAAACCUGAUUGUUUGGGCAGUGGCUGCAGUAUUCGCUGUGUUAGUAUUAUAUGGACUACAUGAUGCAAUGAAUGACCACCCAAUGUCUAGUAGUGUAUCAGCUUUAUAUAAUGCAACAAACAGAACUGUUUGGGGCGCAUGCGUGUGUUGGGUCAUAUAUGCUUGUGCGACAGAUAAUGGAGGUUUUGUGAACACAUUACUUUCUUGGACCCCGUUUGGACCUCUAGCUAGACUGGGUUACUGUGUUUAUCUUGUACAUCCAGUUUUGAUGUACAUAUAUUAUUUUUCUUCGAGAAUUCCCAUAUAUCUAACAGACUUUACAGUGAUUUAUCUGUUUCUUGGAAACCUUUUAAUAUCAAACUUGGUUGCUUUUGUUGCGUCUGUUGCGUUUGAAGCACCUAUGAUGGGACUUGAAAAAGUACUUCUUCGAAGAGAAAGAAAAUAAAUGUUUAAUUUUUAUUUAUUUCAAUUAAAUAUAUGAAUAAAAUGUAUUUUAUAU